GAAACAUAGCGUGGCCUCCGUAAAUGCCUGUAUUCAGACAUAUCAUUUAUCGCGGUAGAGGAACAAGAGUUGGGGCUUAUUUCCUAACGGUGAAGAUCUAAAAUGGAUUCUGACAAUGAUAUGCAGCAAACAACUCAUGAAUUAUCACAAAUGAAUAUUGAAUUGCAGAACAAGAAAUUAUCUAGACCUCACCCCCUCAGUAAACAGCCCUCGAGAGCCUCUUCUCUCGAUACUCGUACCAGCACGCCGGUAGCAGAUAUUAAUGGUCUUGGCUGGCCUGCAAAAGCUACUCUCCAACGACUCAAAGAGUCUCCAGAACAGAAGGAAGUUAGAACAGCAAAAUUGACUGGCGCAGUAAAGACCUUAUUAGAGUGCAUCGGUGAGGAUCCAAUGCGCGAGGGUCUUCUUAAAACACCAGAAAGAUACGCAAAGGCUUUGCUUUUCUUGACCAAGGGAUACGAAGAGAAGUUAAGUGAUGUCCUUAAUGAGGCUGUAUUCGAAGAAGAUCACGAGGAGAUGGUCAUCGUUAGGGAUAUCGACGUCUUCUCCUUAUGUGAACACCAUUUGGUUCCGUUCAACGGUAGAAUCUCAAUUGGUUACAUACCCAACAGAAAGGUUCUAGGUUUAUCCAAACUCGCUAGACUAGCAGAAACAUUCGGUCGUCGUCUCCAAGUACAGGAACGUAUGACGAGACAGAUCGCCCUGGCUAUAGAGGAAGCUAUCCAGCCACAGGGUGUCGCAGUUGUCAUGGAAGCUAGCCACAUGUGUAUGGUUAUGAGAGGUGUACAGAAAGCUUCAGCUUCAACCGUCACUUCAACCAUGCUGGGCUGCUUCCGUACUUCAGCUAAGACACGCGAAGAAUUCCUCACUUUGAUCAGGACUCCUAAAGCUACAAUCCCUUACUAGAACACUACCAGCCUAAUUCAACUUUUAUCGUUAUCGCAGUAUUUUAGACAAUACAAGCAACGCUAUCUAUAAGCAGUAUGUUGUACACUAUUAUCGACCAUUCAA